UCGAGUAACAUAUUUGUGUGUGUGUGUGUGUGUUUGUGUGUAUCUGUAGAGGUCUGUCAUCAAUUCUGUUAGAGGCUUUAAAAGAAGAAAGGGAGAAAAGGUUAAAUGAAAACAGCGCAUACACGGAGAGCUGCUCUUAGAUCACCAUGCAUGGAAUUACUAAUGUUUUGAUCCUGUGGGGUUAUGGGUUUUCAUCUUUAUUUACGGUGCGCUGGCGUGACACAGUGAACAGGGUCAACAAGCCUGGCCAUAGCUGGCAAAACAGGUGGCGCCUCUUUCAGCCCCGACAACUGAGCUGUAUGUGGCUGCACACACAAUUACCGCUCUCCUACACAGACUUACGUAUAGAGGAUUUGCAUAUAAGGCCUUUGACAGAUGGUGAAAUGACACCAUUACCACACACACACCAUUGAAAGAUUAUUGGAAUGACCCUCAUCUUCACACCCCUUGAAACAUUUUCAAACAACAGAUUAACACACACUAUUCUCUUCAUUAUCUCGAUAUCACCCAUAUUCACAAAACCAACAUUUACAUACACACAUACCCUCCUGUUAAAAAUGAUUUACACAUGUGCGUACAAAAUAAAUUGAUGAGAAAGAGAUGAUACUGUCAUAAAACUAAACUGAAAGAGAUUAUGCAUGCCAUGUUUCCAAAAUGUUCAGAAAAUGAUUACAAAAUGUCAAUAUGUGAAUGAGCAAUGCCUUGUGAUUGAAAGCUGCUGUCAUUUUCCAUUCGUCAUUGCUGAAAUAUGCAAAUUUGACCUAAGGUGAUGUUGAGUUUAAGCUGGUCAGAUGCUCAUCUGAGGCAAAAGAGAGCCUGGAUCAUUGAUUCCUUUAGUAUCGUGGAGGAGCAUCCAGGCCCAUAUCCAUACCAACUGGGACGGAUUCACGUGGAACGCACAUACAGAGUGGAAUUUAUGCUUCAAGGCAGCGGCGUUGAUAAAGAUCCUGUAGGCCUUCUCACCAUGGACCCUGGGACUGGCAUGGUGAUGGUUAAUAGGAAAAUCGAUUAUGAGCAAUAUCAACUCCUGAAGUUAACAUUUGCAGCAAAGAAUUCAUCAAACAACAAAAUUGACACCAAACUUGGAGUUGAGAUUACAGUUCUUGACAUUAAUGACCACGCCCCUCGCUUUCAAAAGGAUGUCUAUGAGACAACGAUCUCAGAGUCAGCAACACAGGGAUCCUAUGUGAUGACUGUGUUAGCACACGAUGAUGACAAACCAGGCACAGUCAAUUCAACCUUUGACUAUAGGAUCACAGCUGUAAAACCAAAUACGCCAAAUGUUGAGUUCUUCAUCAACGACUUUGGAGCAAUAUCGUUCAAAGGAUGCUUGGACUAUGAAAUAGCACAAAAAUACAUAAUUUCAGUUCAGGCAAAAGACCACAGUCCCGUAAGUCUGUCCAGCUCUACGACAGUCAUUGUCCAUGUUGAGGAUGGCAAUAAUCACCUGCCCAUCAUUACCGGUCACUCAGGAACUGGCGUGGUGAAAGAGGGAGCGAUUGGGAUCUCUCCUAUUCAUAUCCAUGCCACUGACAAAGACACCCAGGACAGUCCAGGGUGGAGAGUUAGAUACACGCUACACGGGGAGAUAAGUGCUUUUUUCCAAGUAGACACAAACCCAGAAACCAAUGAUGGCAUCCUGACACUACUCAAGCCUUUAGACUUUGAAGACGGCGCAGAGAGGACCAUUUCCGUUUCUGUGGAGAAUGAGGGAGAAUACUUUUCCUGCACGGUGAAAGAGAAGACAACGGCUGGACUCUGGAAAGUGGUCACCAGUCAGGAUACAAAAAUGAUGACCAACACCUACUCCCGCCAAGAGUUCACCAUCACGGUGGAGGAUGCCAAUGAUCCACCCAGAUUCCUCAUUCCAGAACAAGAUGCUACGGUCAUAGAAAAUGAAGGCAUCGGGCAAUUAGUUAAACAAUUUACUGCAGUUGAUCCUGACACUACCUUCACAAGUGACUUUGUGUACAGGUUAGGACAUGACCCAGCAAACUGGGUGAGAGUUGACUCAAAAAAUGGACAAAUUUUCUUAGCAGGCACACCUGACAGAGAGUCCUUGCAUGUUGUUGACAAUAUUUACACAGUCACAAUCUUAGCAGUUGAUAAUGGGGAUCCACCCAUGACUGGCACAGCCACUCUUAACAUCUAUGUACAGGACCAGAACGACAAUUCACCCGUACUGAAUGCCACCUCCAUAGGCAUAUGUGCCUCAGACGGCACAACGAAGGCUGAGAUCUCGGCCAAUGACUUGGAUGGGGAUCCGUUCGCAGGACCCUUCACAUUUAAACUUCUUGAGGACCACAAGGGAUGGAGUCUUGACCCUGAGUAUGGAAUGUCUGUAAGUCUGAAGAAAGAGAGUGUGGUUUUUGCUGGUCACCACACAUUGAUGCUGAAGAUAUCAGACAGGCAGGGCCAGUUCUCCAUACAGAACCUCUCAGUCACAGUGUGUGAUUGUUCCUUCUCAACCAGCUGCCUGCUACGCAGGAUGAGUGUCCACACCAUGACAGGAGGAGCUGUUGGCAUCAUAUUCCUGGCACUGUUCCUACUCCUGGGCAUUUUGCUGAUGGUGCUUUAUAUAUCAUGUGGGACUGAGAAACCAGUGUUUGAUGUUCAACAUAUCCCUCGAGAGUCCUUGCUGCCAUCCAACAUUGAAAUGCCAGGCAUUGACUGUGAGCUCCCUACCACACUGGUUUCCAGGGAUCAGGCACAGACACUUAAAAAAAAGAAUCAUGCUAAGGGUUCGAUUCAGCACUUCAGUAACAACCAGCAGAUUUUAUACAAGAGCUACUACAACAUCUAUGGCGAUACACACAGAUACCAACACACUGGGAAAUAUAGUGAACAUCACCAGGUCAAGAGUCUUUAUGCUGCUGGAAGCCUUUAUCAUAGUAUGGGUGCCCUUACCCACAAUGACCAGUACUUACAGUACUACCAACAUCAAAAUGGACACUACCAACAUCAAAAUGUAAACUACCGUCAUCAAAAUGAACGCUACCAACAUCAAAAUGGAUACUACAAGGAAAUGAUGACAACACAGAGAAGAGAUAUGGCACUGGAAGCGUUUAUCACUGGAGAUCGAGCUGCCUUGAAGUCUCUGCUUGAAACGAGAUUGUCCUUGAUCGAGACACCCAACAGGGAGCUGUGUGAUUAUGAGCCACGUGAAUACGUUUACGAGAAGGAUGAAUCAGAGACACUUCCUGAUCUGGACCCCAUUCUCAUCCCAGAACACAGAUUUGACCCUGACCAGCUGCUGGAUUUGGGCCCAAGCUUUUCCACACUGGCUUCAAUAUGCGAACCUCUGCCAGAGAACUGUUCAUUUGAGGAUUAAUAUUACACUGAGUGUUAGUUCAGAUGUUUUUAAAUGUCUGAACUAAAGGUGCUGUUACUCAAUCAGUGUGGGGUAAACUAAGAGGACGCUCCCCACCAGGGAAGCCCAAUAUUAAACAUUAAGCCCCAUUAAACAAAGAACCUUGCUUAAUGGUCUAUCAAAAAAUACUUGAACUGAUUGGAUAAUUUAUCUCCAUGUGC